ACCUUUUCACUACAACGACGAGGUAUGACAAAUUGACGAUGACCACAACCCCCACAGCCCCACACCAACCGCAAACAGCAGAUAAGUUUUGGUGUAAUAUUCUCGCCCCUUCUACCCACUUUCUUCUCUUACCCGUAAAAUACACUCGCCAUUGUCCAUCUCCCAUCAUCAAAAACCUUCUUACUUUCUUAUAGCGCGUGCUUUAAUCUCUCCAAUCCCUGGCUAAAGGAUUCUUUUGUUUGGUACUGCUCCAAAAAGCCCUAAAAUCUUUAUCACCAGUCACCACUGACCACACUACUUUCAGUAGCUGCAGAAAAGCAAGCUUUUUUUUGAGAGAGAAAGGUUCAAUCGAGAGAGUGAACAAUGGCUUUUGUCUCAACCUCAGUAACUUCGCAAAUGAGUAACCAUAACUCGCUUAUGUCGACUCAGUUUUCUGGUCUUCGACGAUCGUUUUCGAAGUUUCAAACGUCCGUUUCUACUCAUUCGCUAUUUCAGCAGGUUAAUUCUCAGUUGCGUAUGGUUUCUCCUCGUCGUGGUUCUAGAGGUGUUGUUGCCAUGGCUGGCUCUGGAAAGGAUCUUGGCAUCCAGUGGGUUGUUCUUGGACAUUCUCAGAGAAGACACAUUAUUGGGGAAACUGAUGAGUUUAUAGGGAAAAAGGCUGCAUAUGCUCAGGGCCAAGGUCUAGGAGUGAUAGCAUGUAUUGGGGAGCAGUUAGAAGAAAGAGAAGCGGGGAAAACUUUUGAUGUAUGCUACAAGCAAUUGAAGGCUUUUGCAGGGUCUGUCAAUGGAGGCAAUUGUGCUGAGCUUGCAAAAAAAGAAGAUAUUGAUGGCUUCCUUGUGGGGGGCGCUUCUUUGAAGGGUCCUGAGUUUGCCACCAUUGUAAAUUCGGUAACAGCAAAGAAAGUUGCUGCCUAAUCAUUCUGGUGAAUUUCGCUGCAACGGCUAUAAGGGGUACUUGAUUGUUACUUGAUUGUUACUGCAAUGUAUUCUUUCAAUAAACCUUUCCCUUUGUAUUCAUUAGCGGAUGUAUGUUAGGGCCUAUGAGGUUACGUACACCUAGGCAAUUUAUUUUAAAAAAAAUUUAUAGUACGAGUUUUCUAUUGGUAAGUGUAAAUUGUAAAAUUAAUAAUGAAGUCUUUUGAUGAUAAAUACUGUUUUAGUAAUUUUUUCUUAUUUAUUUAUUUUAUCCUAUUUUUAUUAGAUUAGUUGGUUUAUUUUGUCCAAUUUUCUUUUAUGGUAUAUUGUAUUUAAAAAUUUUAGCAACCGUCUCACCGUGAGACAGACCCAUACAAACAACCUAUUUGU